UGAACCCACCUCCUUCCCCAGCUACUGAUCGCUCCUUAUACAAUGCAGAGAUGUUUUAUUCCUCAAACAUUCCUUCAAACACAAGAUCUUACAGGCCGUACCUCAUCCGAGGGAUCGCUCCGCCCACGACGCCGUGCAGCACAGAUGUGUGUGACAGUGACUAUACCACGAGCCGAUGGAAGGCCAACAAAUACUACAUAGAUUUAAAUUCAGACUCAGACCCUUAUCCCCCUCCACCCACACCUCGCAGUCAGUACAUGUCUGCAGAAGAAAGCUGCCCUCCAUCUCCUGCCACGGAACGAAGCUAUUUUCACCUCUACCCCCCUCCACCCUCUCCUUGUACAGACUCUUCAUGACCUCAACAGAAGGAACUUUUUCC